AUGGUAAUCUGUGGCACGAAUCUCUUUUCAUCGUUAUUACCUUAUGUUCACGUUCUUUCAUCAUCAACAUCAACAUACUGUAGUCAAUGUUUGAAUCAAUCGAAUGAUUUAAAACGCUGCUCACAAUGUCGUCAAGUAUUCUACUGUUCAGUAUCAUGUCAACGACAAGAUUGGAUCUAUCAUAGGCACGAAUGUGCACAUUUACCUACCCUUACCGAUGAACACGAUUUAACACGUUUAUUCUUACGUUUGAUUAUUCGUUAUAGAAACGAUCAUGGAAUAGACAAUCCUCCAACAAAACGUCAGCUGAAUGAUCUUCAAACUCAUGAAAACGAAAUUCGCCAUGAUCGACGACGUUACACAACAUUUCAAUCGAUUUAUCAACGAUUAAAACAAUGGAAUAUCGUUGAUGAUUUCGAUGAAAAUUUAAUCUUUCAACAUUUCUGUCGUUUAGUUAUCAAUACAUUGACCAUUCACGAUCCAAUCGAUCUCAAAUCUAUCGGUUACGGUUUAUAUUUCGAUGCAACAAUCUACAAUCAUUCCUGUUUUCCAACUUGUCAUACUAUAUUCAAUGGCAAGUACCUCUCAGUCCGAACAAUCGCGAGCGAAUCAGUAGACGGCUGGACAAUCAAUUAUAUCGAUUUAUUAGAAACGUAUAAGAAUCGACAAGAAUUUCUACGAGAAAACUACUAUUUCAAUUGUCAAUGUAAACGUUGUUUGAAAAACGAUCCCAACGAAUUGUUCCUACUGGAAAAAAUUCACUACAACGAACAACAAAUGGAUAAAUCAAUUAGUAACACAGAUUAUCCCGCUGCAUAUCAAUCCAGUAAGAAUUUAUGCCAAUAUUAUGAUCAACUAUUACCCUAUUAUCACGCAUAUGUAUCAUUACAUCAUGUUAAACAUUUAAAAUUAGAAUUAUUACUAGCCGAGACCAUCUCGCAUCUAAUUAUUCAAUCAACAAUGGAAACUACUUGUCAAAGAGUACAGAUAUCGAUGGGUGGGGAUCAUCCAUUGACACGAGAAGCGAUGAGAAUCUGCGAGGAAUAUCGUCUAGAAAUGACAAUUAAACAGACACAAAUAACUUCAUAA